AUCGCAACCAGCUUCGGGUCCCAGUCCCCUGGUUGUCCCGCAUCUACAGCAUCUAGUACCCAGCGCCCCAGCGCGCCAGCGUGCGGUUUUUCAUCAAAGCACGCAGCCAUGUCCUCCUCCCUGGCGGGCAUCAACACGACGUACGCUCUCCCGGCAUCGGUCGGUUUACAACAAGAAGCCUCCGGCGCCGCGCCACCACGCCACCACCAGCGGUCCAAAUCGUCCGUCUUGCGCUCCCUCAUGGGCGGUGGCCACAAGCGGAACAAUUCGGACGGAUCAGCGUUGCCAUCUGCCCCGCUCGUCGCACCCCUCGGGACCACGCCAGCCUUCCACAUGUCGCAGCAGAAUCUCGCGCCCAGCAGCAGACACAGCGGUGUGUUCCACGUCGGCUUUGACGCCGCAGCCGCGGCAGCCAUGGAGCCGCAACGAUACGCACACGCCCUCGGCGAGCUGCAGCAAAAUCGACAGGAGCGGUCUCCCGAGAGACGAGGGUGCGAAAGGGCCGACCAGGCGCCUCCAUCGCCAACAAAGACGGCCUUCUCGAGCAUCUCGCUGAGGCCGUUUGGGAGGGACAGAGACUCGAGCAAGCCCCCGAAGAGCCGGGAUACCUCGCCGACAAAACCCAAGAAGGCCAAGUCAGCGACCAACCUGGCAGUGCUGCUGCGCCCCAAGUCCAUCAAGAACUUGAAGCAGCUGCUGACGGAGGACGGCGAUGGAGGCGCAAAGGAAAAGGAAAAGGACAAGGAAAACCGAUCGCCUUCCGAUUUCCCCGGGAAUGACCUCCACGUCAGCAGCCUGCUCCCGCCGAACCCCAUCUACGCCCAGUUCGCGUCUCAGAACUUUGGCCAACACUCGCCGCAGCUCGAGUCACCGCUCGACGUGUCCUUCAAGAGGAGCGGGAAUGAUCCCACCGCGGAGCGGCCCGGCGCGGUCGCCGCAUCCCUGGACAACAAGAAGCCACGCCCCAAGUCCUUCCAGCCUCACAUUGGCCGCAGGGACGACGGCACGGGAGGGUCCAGAGGCUCGAGCGGUAGUGAAAAUCGUGCCAAGCGGAUGACGUGGGGGAAGGACAGCACUCCAGCAGCGGCGGCCCGGCCGGCGAUUGGAUCCAGGAGCACGUCGUCGGCAACGCUCACUGCCGGGGCGGCGCCCGAGAUGCCCGCCAUCGACACCAAGGACAUCGACAAGCAUCUGGAGGCCAUGCUGGACCGCCGCAACAUCCCGGAGAACCAGCGGUACAAGAUGCGGAAUCUCAGCGACACCAUCAAGAUGGAGCUGAUCCGGCAGGAUUGGGCAGAGAUGCAGGCAAAACCGGACCGCCCCGUCUCUCACGACGGGCAUCACCCCCAACCGGGCGGUGGGACUGCGGUCCCGCCGGACCAGCAGGACGAAAAUAGCAUGGGAAGUCGUGCCAAGAAGGACAAGAAGAGGCACAGCAGGGGUCUGAGUCUGACCAUCGUCCGAGGCGGCGGUAACAAGUCCAACCCAUCGUCGCCCGCCAAGAAGAAGGGCGACAGCAGCCUGGGUCGGCACUUCCGGACAAAGUCCAGCGAGAGCGUCGUCAGCGAGCCACCGUUGCCCUACGCGCCCGGCUACGGCGCCAGCUUCCUAGCCAAGGUCAAGGGCCAGCAGCUGCCGGGCGACUUCGUGGCAUACCUGCAAAAGGUGCCGCAACCGGAGCUCGUCGAAGUGGGUAAGCUACACAAGCUGCGCCUGUUGCUCCGAAACGAGACGGUCGCGUGGACCGAGGAGUUUAUCCGCCAGGGCGGCAUGAAGGAGAUUGUCGAGCUGCUGCACCGCAUCAUGGCUGUAGAGUGGAGGGAGGAGCACGAGGACGCGCUACUGCACGAGAACCUUCUCUGCCUCAAGGCGCUGUGCACCACCGACAUGGCCCUGCAGUACCUCCACUCGAUCCACGCCACCCUCUUCCCGGCCCUGCUCCACAUGAUCUUUGACCCGGAGAAGAAGGGGCCCAGCGAGUUCACGACCCGCAACAUCAUUACCUCCCUGCUGCUUACCUACAUCGAAUGCGCCACGCCCCAGGAACGGGUCCACCGCGCCCGGGCCGUGCUCGGCUUCCUGCGCGACCCGGAGCCGAGGGAGGAAGACCGGCCCGUGGACUUUGUGCUCGAGAUGCGCCGCGAGCGGCCCUACCGCGUCUGGUGCAAGGAAGUCGUAAACGUGACCAAGGAGGUUUUUUGGAUCUUCCUGCACAACCUCAACAUCAUCCCCCUGCCGUCGGCCGACAACAAACAGGGCCAAUCAUCCUCGACAGACCAGUCCGGCUGCGAGGGCGCCACGACAACGACGACAACAACGACGACGUCGACGACGAACAACACCACUGCCGCCAAUGGCAACAACAACCACAACAACAACAACAACAACAAUAACAACUCCUCUUCUUCUCCCGACCCUUCCCAUCACAUAAGCUAUCUUAUCCGCCACUUCCCGCAAGAACGACCCCCCGUUCCCGCAGCCCCUUACGUCGGCGGCGUCGAAUGGGACGCGACAAAUUACCUCGCCAGCCACCUGGACCUUCUCAACGCCAUCAUCGCCUGCACGGGCCCCACCGCGGCCGAGCGCAACGCCCUGCGCGCACAGCUGCGCAUCUCGGGCUGGGAGCGCUGCCUCGGCGGCAGCCUGCGCCUGUGCAAGGAGAAGUUCUACGGCUCCGUGCACGACGGCCUGCGCCGCUGGGUCGCCGCCGCCGCCGAGGACGGCUGGGACGUGAGGGACGUGCGGUACGGCCCGCCUCCGCCCGAGGGCCGCGCCAAUGCCAACCACAACAAGAGAGGCGGUGCCGCCAGCCCCGCUAAGAAACUCAACGGGCCCGCCGCGGCGGGCAAGGAGGGUGGGCAGCAGAAGCAGCAGCAGCAGCAGCAGCAGCCGCCCAGAAUUGAGAUGCCCCGGCUUGACUUUGGCGGGCCCGUCGUUGUCGGGAUAGGCCCCGGUCUCGGGUCCGGGGCGGUUAGAGCCAAUGAACCGUGGUUGAGCUGAGUCCCAGGGUCCCACUUCCUAGCGGAUGCCUCCUACGGAUUCUGUCGGGUUUCAGUGAUGCCUACUGAAGGCUCGUUUUAUUCUCUUUUUAUCCUGCUUUUUUUUUUUGGUU